UUGAAGACACCAAUGCAUCAGCCAAACAACAGAGAAAGAAGCCAAGCCAGCAAGGCAUUCAUAAACAAAUAUUUUUUCUUCCCUUCACUUAUAAUUUUCCCUUUCUGGCAUUCACAUGGAAUCCAUUUAGUUUUCUUCAAUUUCGACUACCCUUUACAUCAAUCACCAGUUAUUUCUUUCUUUUCUGUGAUAAUCAUUUUUUAACAUCCCAAAUAAAAAAAAAUCUUUUUAUUUUUUUUUCCUUUUGUGUUUCGUGAAGAUCUGGUUGGUGGUGGAUCCAUGGGGAGGUUAUUUUUGCUGAAUCUUGAAGGAAGGCUUAUAGCUGCAAGCACUGCAAAAACCAUAUUGCUCUUUGUGAUGAUAUUGUCUCCAAGGCUGUUUUUCUUCUUAAAUUUUAUUCCUUUAACCCUAAUUUGUUUGGCUGUACCGUGUUUGUGUAAUGGCGGUUCUAAUUAUGAUUAGGGGAUACCUUAGUUUCCAUCGUUUUAUUAGUUCACAGCAUUUAUUACUACCAGUAUUUAGAACACAGCUUUAUUUUGGAUGAAAUUUAUAAUUAGUGGGUUCAAUUGUUGAUUAAAUUGAGAUUUCUUCUAUCAUUAAUCUAGGAAUUUGGAUAUUCCAUGUUUUCUUUCUUCUGGUUUAUGGUGCAAUGGAAUUAGUAUUUUGUUUUGCAAGUUUAAUGGUUCUUCUAUGUUAAAUUUGUCAUAGAAAAACUGGAUGGAUGCUUGGAGGAUUUCAAUUAUGUUGCUAUCAUCUCUUUUAAGGCAUAGAUGAUAAUUUGGUGUCCUUUGCAAGGACUUGGCGCUUUGAUGAUAGCAAAUUGUUGGUUGGUAUUUUAAGACGAGCAUGAUGUUUAAUGUAUUUUGUUUUGCUUUCCCGAGGACUUGUGCUAGAGAUUAAACCUACUAUGUACUGUGUAAAUGUUAUUCUCAAUCAUGAAUGUUAGAUUUUGCAUAUUUGGUUUUGUGAUAAUAGAUACUUUGUACUACCGACAAAGUCGUAAAAUGAUGCUAAUGUGAAGAAGAUGGUAGCCGUCUUAUGCAUUCAAAUUGCUUGAAAAUGCUUAUACUCGACUUAGGAACUGGUUAGUGGAUGAUAACUAUGGUAAAGAACGAGGAUGUAUUAUUGCUUAAGUAUUUAGUAGUUAUAUAUUUCAUACGCAUAUUGGUGUAGUCGAUUUCAGGGUUUUUUGGGGUGCUCACAUUGAUACUAAUUAUUUUCCUGGUGUUGGGAAAAAAUAUUGUUUGGGGUUCUCUUAUACGCAUAUGGGAAAGCAUAUCUCUUCAGCAAGGUGUAAGUUUCCUCCGUUUUAGACACCUCAUUUGUGCGUGUUAAACAACUACUGUAAUAUUUGCCCAUGCUAUAAGGUUUCGGGCUACUUCUAUAACGAUACAAGUAAUGACGGUGUUGUCAAACUAUGUUGCACUCAUAGUCUCUUGCUUAACCGUUGAUGAAAAAUUGUUCUUGUUGAAUUCAUUGUUGGUUCUGGUAAUUUGUUUUGUUCAUUUAGAGCAAGGCAAUAACAUUGCAUUUUCAAGGAUAUAUAUUCCAAGUUCAUGGACAUCCCCACUUGCGUGAUCUUUCGAGAAAAUGGGAUUUCAAGUUAUCGGUACGGAGUGCUUGUUUUCAUAUAUAGUUUUCAUCUCCCAUUGUUUCUCAGAGUAAAUGUCACUUCUGGAGAAAAAGAAGAUAGAAUGAUGAUGAUGGGACUGCACACCGUGGCCGACAUCUUCUGUGUUGGAUGUGGAUCGAUUAUUGGUUGGAAAUAUGAAUUUGCCCAUGAGAAGAACCAGAAGUACAAGGAAGGAAAAUACGUCCUUGAACGGUUUAAGGUGUCUAGUCCCGAUGGAAGCGACUACUGGAUCAACAAUGGAAGACAUGUGGGUGGGUGGGUGGGUGGGAGUGAUGCAGAUGAUGCUUGAUUAACAAAUGAAAUAUGGUCAAAUUCCAAAUUGUACAUUCUUCAACCCUUAAAUCCCAUUCAAUGCGAGUCCUUGAAAACCAGACUUAUUUAAGCAGCUUGUCCAACUUGCCGUGAAAAAAAAUGUACAAAAAUGAUUGAAAACAUUGAAUUGUUGAUUAUAUCUUGGUGUUGAAAGAUGAUCAGAAAUAUUCUGUU